CUUCAAAACAUUUUUAGAAAUCUCAAGCAGUGUGUUUCAUAUCCUUGGAAUAAAUGACAUGUUCUCACUUUUUCAAUAAUGAAUACAAAUGCAUUAAAAACCAUUCAUAGUGCAGCCUCUUAUGCAUCAGGAGACUGCUGGAAGAAACAGAAGAGAGCAAUAAUAAAGUUCAUUAAGAGAAGCCAUUCAUAAUUAUAAUUUGAAGCAUGAAAUGUUACAAAAAGCACAGACAGAGAACUGAGAACGCAGAGACGCGAGAAAUAGCAUCAUCUCAUUAAAGUGAAUCAGUUCAAAGUGGCUCUAAAUAUAGAGAUAACAUGAGAUUCAACAGCAGUUUCAUAAUCCUCCUUACCAACCACUUCUGUGGAAACAAAAAAAACCUUCGUCCUCAGCUGUAACAUGUGCUGCUUAACCUCUGAUGUCCAACACACUCAUUAUGAGCCAUUAGACUACUAGCAGCCACUUAACUACCGGUUCAUGCUACUAACUAACCGCAGUCGGUACAGAGACACAGCAUGGAGCAUUUCAACAGAAUCACAGCUCCUGCUUCGGAUAAACUUAGGCAGCUCCAAAAAAUCGUCCAAGACAUAAAAAAGAAUGACGACAGCCUUUUCAACAGACUAAAAAGGUUUCAGACAGAACAAACAGCUAAUUUUCUCAAAACCGGGAGAAAUACAUUGGACCGAAUAAAAAAGAAAAGACCUCCGAAAGUACCAGUGCGAGACUAUCAAGGUGAAGCUCCAGAUUCUGAGAAGGACUCUGACUCAGAUUUUGACAGUGACACGUACGAGGACCCUCAGGGGGAGCACGAUGAUAGCUACGAACCCCCGCCGAGGCUUGACGGACACAUGAAGGGCUUUACGGUCAGCCCGUCCAUCACCAACACCAGAGGAGAGUAUGUGGACAGCUGUCGGGGUCGACAGGCAAAACCAAACCAUCCUUUCCAUGUGCAACAGAGGCACAAACCCCCUCGACUGACCCACCGCAGCCUGCCAGAGGAAGAUGAUGUAAUAACGGCUUGUAUUGAUAACACAGACUUUCAUUUAGUGCACAAUAAAGUCCUGAUGCUGAAGCUCUCUCCUCCGUUCAGGGCGAUUACAUUGAGCCGGAAGACCAGACAGACAUUAUUGAUGAUAAUUACAUUGACCCCACUGAGAAAACACCAUCAAGAGAAUUCUCAGUCUAAGACAAGGAGUAACUCGAGUCUGCAACCCAGCACACAGAUGGCGCCACCUAAAGCCAGUCCACGAAUGGACAUCAAAAGCCCAAAAACUCCAGAACCACAGUCAGAGGACGAGUAUGAGGUGUGUGACGCAGAAGACAGUGUUAAUGAAGGGCCAGAGGAGACCACAGAGGCCUGCAGACCAUCAAUACCCACACCGCUACCUAGAGACCUGAACAAACCUAAUCCUCCUUUGAUACGGAAACCAAACAUUGCUCACAGGGAGAGUGAAGCCACAUCAAUUAAAACAACACCAGUGACUAUACCACGAAGCCCACCGGACACCAUGCCGAGCCCAUCAGCAACAGGGUUCCAUCGAGCCAAGAUGCCUCUGCCUCGGCAACUUCCCUCCCAGAGCAGAGGGAUGUUGCCUUCAGACAGCAGAUCAGCUAGAGAUGCUGAAGAGGAAGCUGGUGUGUAUAAAAAGGUUUGGUAUGCCAGCAGCUGUGACCGCAGGACAGCAGAGGACGCUCUCAUACGCUCAGCUAAGGACGGCUCUUUUCUGCUCAGGAAGAGCUCUGGUGUGGACGCACAGCAGCCGUACACCCUGGUGGUGUUUUACAACAGUCGCGUUUACAACAUCCCUGUCCGCUACAUCGCUUCCACCAAACAGUAUUCUUUAGGGAAAGAAAAACAAGGAGAGGAGCGUUUCAGCAGCGUCUCAGACAUCAUUGAGAACCACCAGAAGAAUCCUCUAGUGCUGGUCGACUCACAAAGCAACACCAAAGACUACACCAAACUCAGACACGCAGUCAAGCCAUGAGACAUUCAUGACAAAUAUAACUGCAUUGAGAGGGUGCUGACAUUCGUUCAUCUGUGUGGUAGUUUCACAUUCACCUUUAUCGGGGAUGGAAACAGAUAUGCUUGCAAAGCUGGAACUUGCUGCUACUUUUAUAACUUAUUUAGCCGAAUGACAGGUUACAGGCAGAGACGCGGUAUUUUUAUUUUGACGGUGACUAAAGUAUGUGUUGCGCAUUUAAAAAUACAGC